CCCACCCCGCCGCGUCAGCUGCGAGGGGCGGUCAGGCUGGGAGCGCCGCGCAGGCGCUUGGAACUCCGCCGCCGCUUUCCCCUUUUCAACCCCGCGCUGGUUUUAGCCCAGCGCCUGGGACGGGGCGAGGGUAACGGCGAGGAUGGGUGUCUCUGCAGCUCGCUCGCUCUGGCCGCUCGCGGUCCUGUGUGUCUUUUUGUGCCCCUUGGGGUGUCUCCCAGGGGCCGAGGGCUUCUGGAAGAGAGGACCCACCGUGACCACUAAGGUAUUCUUUGAUAUACAGAUUGGUGGAACAAAUGUUGGUAGAAUUGUAAUUGGUUUAUUUGGAAAAGUGGUACCAAAGACUGUAGACAACUUCGUUAAACUUGCAACUGGAGAAAAAGGCUAUGGAUAUAAAGGAAGUAAAUUUCAUCGUGUGAUCAAAGAUUUCAUGAUUCAAGGGGGUGAUUUCACAGCUGGAGAUGGCACUGGAGGAGUGAGCAUCUAUGGAAAUCACUUUCCUGAUGAAAACUUUAAACUCAAGCACUAUGGUAUUGGAUGGGUUAGCAUGGCUAAUUCUGGUCCUGAUACGAAUGGUUCUCAGUUCUUUAUUGCUGUGACACGGCCUGGCUGGUUAGAUGGAAAGCAUGUUGUAUUUGGAAAAGUAAUUGAUGGAAUGUCUGUGGUACACAGCAUAGAACUUCAGCCAACAGAUGAACAUGACCACCCACUUCAUGACUGUGUGAUUGUUAACAGUGGAAAAAUAGACGUAAAAGAACCAUUUGUGGUUGAAGUAGAUGACUGGACAAGCUGACGGCAACAUGAGCAAAGGAACUGGAACACUUCUCCUCUUGAGCAAAGACUGUGUAUGUGAAAAUAUACUCUUAAUGUGAUAACCUCACAGGUACCAUUGAAACAUCUGGCUGUUAUGAGGAACACUAACGCAUAUGCUGUUGCCCUCCUCCCAAGAGAUUAUUUUAUGGGAAAAACGUUAAUAAUGUAUUGAUUCAUGUGGUUGAAAGUGAGUUGGUUUUCCUGUGUAUUGAUUUAUACACUACUUUUACCAAAAGUACUAACAUCUCCCUUUCCCUCUUUGGUCACAACGGUGUUUCCUUAUUGAGAAACUGUUUGCAACAAAACCCCAGUUAACAAACAGAAAAUGUCUCCUCCAGGAAACACUGAAAUGUUCCACAGCAGUGAACUUUGAAUAGAAAAUAGACAACCAGUUCCUCUAAAGCUACACAUUAGUCUUCCUAAUGUUGAGUCUAAAGGUAGAAAAAAGUUAUCUUUGGUUCACAUGAGACUCUCUUACCUCCUUGCCUAACAUGAAGAAUACUUAGGAAUAUUUUUAAUCAAUUUAUAUAUAAAUACCCUGUAUGAAAAGCCCUCUCUCCCAGUAAAUUUGCAUAAAAAUUAAAGCAUACUCUUCUUGUGGCAAGAAGAGUUUCAGUUUGUUGAAAUGUAAGUUGUGCAAAAUGUAAACAUUACUGUUACAACUGUAUUGUUACAUUUGUAAGAAUUACUUAUUUACUCAAUAUGUACACUUUGCCAUUAAACUUUUGCUAUUAGAA